UUGCUCUUUCUCAUUUUAGUAUUUAUAAAUGCACGUUUUUUAACUAUAUAUAUAUAUAUAUAUAUAUAUAAAAGUGAUUUGCACCUCUGAUAAUUUGUUAACACUAUACUCCAUAUCAUCAUGGGUAAAAUAGCCCUAGGAACAACCCGAGAGGCAACGGAACCAGAAUGCAUCAAUGCUCUCGUUGUCGAAUUCAUUUGCACCUUCCUCUUCGUCUUCGCCGGUGUUGGAUCUGCCAUGGCUGCUGAUAAAGCAGAAGCAAGUCCAAUAGUAGGAUUGUUGUUUGUGGGGAUAACACAUGCAUUUGUGGUAGCUGCGAUGAUUGCUGCCGGAUUUAACAUUUCCGGCGGUCACUUGAACCCCGCCGUCACUCUUGGUCUUGCAAUUGGUGGCAAUAUUACAAUUCUCAGAUCUCUACUUUAUUGGAUUAUACAAUGUCUUGCUUCUGCUCUGGCUUGUUACUUGCUCACCUAUGUCACCGGUGGACUGGUGACUCCUAUACACUCUCUUCCAAAGGGGGUAGACCCUCUACAAGGAUUGGUGAUGGAGGUGAUCUUAACAUUUUCUCUCCUCUUCACAAUAUACACCACCCUUGUUGACCAAAAGAAGGGCCCACUUCAAAGCCAAGGAAUAUUGCUAACUGGGCUUGUGGUUGGGGCCAACAUCUUUGCUGGUGGGUUAUUCUCUGGGGCAUCAAUGAAUCCAGCAAGGUCAUUUGGGCCUGCUCUUGUAAGCUGGAACUGGGCUGAUCACUGGGUUUACUGGGUUGGCCCACUCAUUGGUGGGGCUCUUGGUGGGCUCACUUGUGACAACUUCUUCAUUCUCAAAACCCAUGUUCCUCUUUCAAGAGAUGAUGAAGCUUUCUAAUAUCAUAAAUAAUUUCCAAAAUAAAUGUUAUCAUUAGUUGUGCUUAUGCAAUUUGUGCAAAUUGCUUGAUGUAACUUUGUCAUUAAGUGAAGAUUUAAAUUGGAUAUUGGACUUUUAAAGACAUUAUAUUAAAUUAUGCUUUUAUAAAAUGGUACCACUUUUUAUUAGGAA